UGUGAAUGCGUUCUUCAGUAGUUGGCAUCCCCGAGCGUUUCAGGGUGGCCGGGGGCCUUUGGAAUAAAAUACCCAGGACAACUCUCCCUCCCUACUGGAUACCACAUAAAUUUAACCAUCAAGCAAUUUUAAACACGUGGCCUCUGGGACAAAGUCCUCUUUCUUUUUGUUUUGCUUUCCUUCACUCACACUUUCUCUCCCCUUCUCAUUUUCUCUCUGCCGGAGAGGUUGGAUUACCUGUUCAGGUGGAUGGGUUAAAACAAAUCCCUCCAACUGUGAAGAAUCACAACCUUAGUAACCAUAUUAACCCUUUAGUCUAAACCCGCAAGCAAUGAGUGAUCAGGAAGAGGCAGGCGCCGUGGGGAUGGCCGAAUGCGGUGCCACUGGGGGCACUCCCACCUCCCCUCCACCUGAUCUAUGCCGCGUCUGUGGACAACGGCAUCUACAGGAGGAGAACCAUGAAUAUAACUAUAAGGAAGAAGUGGAUGAUGACCUCAUGUGCCACAUUUGCCUCCAGCCAUUAAUACGGCCCCUGGACACACCCUGUGGUCACACUUACUGCCAGGAGUGUCUGACAAGCUUUCUUUUGGAAAGUGACUUCUGUCCGGUGGACCGCACCCCGUUGAUGCUGCAGACUUGUCGCAAGUCCAGCCUGCUGGUCAACAAACUUCUAGAUAAACUGACGGUGUCCUGCCCCUUUACCGAGCACUGUACCGAAGAUUUGGCCCGUGGAGAGCUGGAGGGACACUUUAAGAGCAGGUGUAAAGGAGCGUCACACUAUGGUCUCUCAGCGGAGAGGAAACGGCGAUCUCAGGAGGAAGAUUGUACGGAUAGCACCUCAGAGCUUACCGUGGCUGCCCUGCCCGGAGAGGGCUGCCCCUCCUCUGCUCUCGCUCUCCUGUCAGAUGAGCCCGGAUUGGUUAACCCCGCCUACGAGCCCAGUGUGGAAGACAACAGCCAAUCCGGAAGCACCACAAGCCUGGCAGCACGCAGUUCAAGGAAGAGUGAGUAUCGUAACUUUGACCGGACAUCGGUGCGUAGCCGCUCUUUCCGGCGUUUGAAUCGAGCAUUCAGCGUCCUGAGGAGGACUAAGAGUGGGACAACAGUGGUCAAUGAGACCACAGAAGAGAGAGAUAACCUCAGAAAUGCCAACAUACCACCAGAGGUAUUUGCAUUACCUCAGCUUCAUCAUCUAAUCCCUGAUGGAGAGCUCACCAGUAUUAAGAUCACCAGAGCAGAUCCCUGUGAACCACUGGCUAUCAGCAUUGUUGGGGGUAAUGAGACGCCUCUUGUCCGCAUCCUCAUUCAAGACAUCUACAGAGAGGGGGUCAUUGCUCGGGAUGGUAGACUGCUACCUGGUGAUAUGAUCCUCAAGGUCAAUGGUAUAGACAUCAGUAAUGUGCCUCACUGUUACGCAGUGGCUGCUCUGAAGCAGCCCUGCACACUGUUGCGUCUGACCGUACUACGAGAGCAGCGCCACCGUUACCGGUCCCACCACAAUCCCCCCACCGACAGCUUCCCGGCCUACAACUCUGCCAUCCGGGACGACAGUCUGCACGUGGUCCUCGUGAAGAGGGUCCCAGACGAACAGCUGGGCAUCAAGCUGGUGCGCAGACCAGACGAACAUGGCGUCUUCAUCAUCCAUCUGCUGGAGGGGGGACUGGCUGCCCAUGACGGAAGACUGAGGGUAGAUGAUCGCGUGCUGGCCAUCAACGGCCACGACCUGCGAUACGGAGCUCCUGAGCAUGCCGCAUUGCUUAUUCAGGCGAGUGAGGACCGUGUCCACUUCAUAGUUUCCCGACAGACACAAAUCUCUACUCCAGAAAUCCUACAGGAGGCGCCGUGGAACAUGGAAGGACCACCACCCUACUCUCCUGUAGAUAUCGAGCAGUCUUUACUGGAUUCGUGCCAAAAGCCUGCGUGUUACGAGAAGACUGUGACUCUGUUGAAGGAGCCUCAUGAUUCUCUGGGCAUGACGGUUGCUGGCGGGAUGAGCAGCAGGGGCUGGGACCUGCCCGUUUAUGUCACCAAUGUCGACCCCAGUGGCGUCGUGGGGCAAGAGGGCUCCAUCCGCAAAGGUGACAUCCUGCUAUGUGUAAAUGGGGUUGACCUGACGGGUGUGACUCGAAGUGAGGCCGUGAGUAACCUGAAGAACACCUCAUCCCCGGUGGUCCUGCAGGUGCUGGAAAUGAGCCUUCCCAAUGAGAGCACUCUGGACUGCCUGCCGCCCCUGCAUUCCCCCUGCGCUCUCUCGCCCUCUCCCCCAGGAGAUAUCAAACUACCCCUGCCUAAUGAUGACUACUCCCCCCUCUGGGUGUCCUGGCUCCAGCUGCCCAGGCACCUCUACUGCUGUAAAGACAUUGUCCUUCGCAGGAGCACAUCUGGCAGUCUGGGUUUCAGUAUUGUGGGUGGACAAGAGGAACUCAACUGUAACCAGUCAUUCUUUAUACGCUCCAUCGUAGAGGGCACCCCUGCUUAUAAUGACGGCAGAAUACGCUGUGGUGAUAUCCUGUUGGAAGUGAAUGGGAAGAGCACCUGGGGAAUGACACAUACAGCUCUGGUACGUCUGCUUAAGGAGCUGAGAGGCCGGAUCACUCUCACCAUCGUUUCUUGGCCUGGCAGCCUGCUAUAGGACUACUCUGCACGGGGGCGGGGCUUAUAGCACUGACCCUACAUUUAGGGGUGGAGCUUAAAACACAGACGAUGACAACAAAAACUGUGGAUUUUUGAAUACACGACUUCCUUUGAAGGACAGAGCUGUCCUGGGAAGCAGUAAAUAGCAGAGGCUUUGACAGACUCUACGCGAGGAGGCGGAGCUAAUGAUAUGACCCUGCCCCCAAGAAGCACGGUUAUCAGACUACAAAAUUGGGAGGCGCUGUCACGAUUGCCCCUUUGUCAAUGAACAGGGCAUAAGGAUAACAUCUGCAAAUGAGAUAAGUGCAUGAGAGGAACAAACUGUCAAUUACUGACAGAAGGCGGAGCUUGUUCUACUGUACUAAAGAGAUGACAAAACACAAUAUUCAGGAGAAUUGAGUCGUGUCUGUCGAUAAACGAGUCAGAGAUAGAUGUAUAAACAUUAUGGGCACUGUGCUAUAUGUAGUCCGAUUGUCUGACUCUGUUGUUGGUUCAUAGAGGUAUAGAGAGGAGGCACUGUUGGAUGAGAGAUGCUUAGAUGUGUAGGGUUCGAGCGGUGGAUACACACGUUGCCAAUUUCAUUAGUUUUACAUGUUAGUAAAUGCAUUGAAGACGCACAUUCUUUACUAUAAAUGUUGGUGUCUGAAAAAAGAAAAUUCAAGCACUUGUACUAUGAGUAAUAUUACUUUGGUUUAUUUCUGUUUCUAUGGCUUUCAGAUAUCAGCUUUGUUUCUUGUUCUGAAAGUGGUCGAUACUCUCCAUCCGCUGGCAUGGAGACACAUUUGCCAAGUAGUUUUAUCGAUGGUGCGUUUCAGAUGCUGUUGCGAACGAAAACAAACUAUAGCGAGUAAUAAAAAAUAAAAGAAUCGCAACUGAAAUAAGAAAUAAAAAGAAGAGCAAUGUUCAUAAUCUAUUUUAAAAAUGGAUGAUAACUUAUAAUGCUUCAAAUAAUAAUGUGAUAUUUUGGCGGCCUUGCUGAUUUUAUUUUUUACUAUUGAGAGAAAAAAGUGUGAAUGACGUGUGAAAGAAGAAGUGUGUGUGUGUGGGUCUCAUUGUGGGUAAGAUGCGUGAUCUAGCAGCUCAUGCUUUGGCUUGUGCAGUAUACUGUAUCUGUUGGUACCUUUUGUUCAAUGAUCAAUAAAGUCAUCUACAAGGA